GAUCAAAAAAACGUACGUACUUACCAAGAGUGUGACAGUAUAGAUAGAGAGAGAGAAAGAAGAGAGAGAGAGAGAGAGAGAGAGAGAGAGAGCCCGCAAAAGUGCAUGACGGAGGUCCCCCCCUCCUUGUCUCUGCGACGGAAAACCCUAGAUCUCUUGUAGGGCUCAAAGUCGUCUUCCAAUUGAGUGUCGUUAGGGUUUUGAAUUCGAAAGCUAGGGUUUUAUAACGAUGGAGCCUCGCGUCGGCAACAAGUUUCGACUCGGUAGGAAAAUCGGCAGCGGAUCGUUCGGAGAGAUCUAUCUCGGCACUAAUAUUCAGACAAACGAAGAGGUUGCGAUUAAGCUUGAAAAUGUAAAGACGAAGCAUCCUCAGCUGCUUUAUGAAUCGAAGUUAUACAGAAUUCUUCAAGGAGGAACUGGAAUUCCAAAUGUGAGAUGGUUUGGAAUGGAGGGAGACUAUAACGUUUUAGUGAUGGAUUUGCUUGGACCCAGUCUUGAAGAUUUGUUCAAUUUUUGCAGUAGGAAACUUUCUUUGAAGACUGUUCUAAUGCUUGCAGAUCAAAUGAUCAAUCGUGUUGAGUUUGUCCAUUCUAAAUCCUUUCUACAUCGGGAUAUCAAGCCAGACAAUUUUCUUAUGGGCUUGGGAAGGCGUGCAAAUCAGGUCUACAUAAUUGACUUUGGUCUGGCUAAGAAGUAUAGAGACACUACAACGCAUCAACACAUUCCUUACAGGGAGAAUAAAAAUUUGACUGGAACUGCAAGAUAUGCAAGCAUGAACACUCACCUUGGCAUUGAGCAGAGCCGGAGGGAUGAUUUAGAAUCUCUUGGAUACGUCCUUAUGUAUUUCCUGAGAGGAAGUCUUCCUUGGCAGGGGCUGAAAGCAGGAAAUAAGAAGCAGAAGUAUGAAAAAAUUAGCGAAAGGAAGGUUUCCACAUCUAUUGAGGCUUUAUGUCGCGGUUAUCCAACAGAGUUUGCAUCAUACUUCCAUUACUGUCGUUCUCUACGCUUUGAUGACAAGCCGGAUUAUGCUUAUCUGAAGAGAAUAUUCCGUGACCUUUUUAUUCGGGAAGGUUUUCAGUUUGAUUAUGUUUUUGAUUGGACCAUCUUGAAGUAUCAGCAAUCACAAAUUGCCGCUCCUCCUUCUCGAGCUCUUGGUCCUGGUGCUGGAACAAGCUCUGGAUUGCCCCCUGCUGUUGCCAAUGCUGACAGGCAGUCAGGUGAGGAAGGAAUCUCAGUUCCAAUUGGUUUUAGGAGAGUUUCUGGACAAGCUAUAAAUGAUGGAAGUUUACCUAAGCAGAAGAGUCCAGCUGCAAAUGAUUCAACGAGCAAAGAAGCUAUGGGACAAUCUUUUUGGGACGACGAAAAGAGCAAUAAAGGACCGACAAUUGGGGACGGACGGAGUAUGACUUUUCGUUGUCUUGUCAAGCUCCACUUUUUUAGGGCAGUCAAGUGGAUCCUUAAGGCGACCUGCUGUCUCUACUUCCCGCGAGGGGCUUAUCGUGGGGAAUGAGUCUGACCCUGUUCGCUCUCGCACCACAGAGGCAAGUCCAGGAACACAGCAGAGAAUCUCGAGUGGACAAAGGAGUUCCCCCUUUGGUGGGUCCUCAGACCCCAAUCGCACAUCAUCUGGGAGGAAUAACAAGUAUGAGACCACUCUCAAGGGUAUAGAAAGUCUGCAUUUUGAUGAUGAAGAAAGGGAUCAUUACUAGGCAUUAAUCACCUUUUUUCACUCUUGUAAAUCGUAUAGACUCUUGUGCCAGACCAGGGAUUAGGAUUUUGUUGGAUUCUUUUUCCUGAGCUUUGCGGAUGUUGUGAUCUGGAAAUUGAGGAAAUUUAACGUUGGUGUUAACAAAACGUCGAGAGGUUUAGAAAGCAGUGGCGUUCCGCUGAAUCCCGUCAUGGUAAAGCUUUUGCCUUUCAUCCAUUUCACUGAAUGAUGUUUGUUUCUACUGGUGGAUCUACUCGUUCGAAUGCUUGUGGAACUUUGUUCAACUUCUGUUUUCAA